ACUGACACAGCGCAGCGGCGUGGCCAGUCUGUGCAACUGUUGUCCACAGCAAAGAAUGGUAGAGUGUUGCCAUCGACUGCAGCACCACAACACUACCCCGGAGCAACUCAUCCUCCUCGCACCCUGUCCGCCUCCGUGGAAACUAGACUUGCUUCAACACAGGGGAGAGGAAAAUAAUAUACCACCGGACGUUAUCAGUGCUAUCAACCAUCGAUGUCAACGUCAACUCUUACGUCACGUUAUGCCCGUGCAAGACGAGUCCAAGUGUGUUGGGGGGUGCAGGAUAGGGGCGUCGUCAGCAGCGGCAGUUACUGUGUUGAUUAUCAUUCUUGGUCUCGUCGUGUGGAAACUGAAAUCAAGGCAACGGAAACAUCGGUUGCCGCGAGUAAGGAUACGAAACCCUGUGAUGGACUUGAAGAAUAAAAUAGAACUAUCCAUUAUCACGCUGGACGGGGACUCGAUCCUGUCUUACGACUCCGGAGCCUCUAACGAGGCCUACUCAACUACAGACUUCACCCAGAGGAGACGCAACUGGGAUUAGUGAUGUUGCCAGCGGAUGUGACCAUGUGUGUGUGUUUGAGAAUAUUACCAACUUGCCCAUUGCACAUGAAAACCAUCGACAACGUUGGAUGCGUUCACUAAAAUACGUUCAUGGAUGCAGUGCGGGACCUCUGUAGUGGAGUCCAUGAUAAUGAAUGUUUAAAAGACACAAUUGGGGUGUUAAUGGAAGAAAAUCUGACGCUGUCAGAUAGGCCCCUAUGGUGCAUCCGUUGACUUUAUCAAGGAAAGGGGGACAAGUCAGGGUUAGCUUUGACCAUCACACAAGCGAGGGCAAAUAAAUACGCAUACUUCCGUGUUCAUGCGGGGACAAAUCGUGUUGAAGUACUGGUAAUGUUAAUUUAUUACACUGUUCGUUAUUGGAAUGAUUUUGUUGAGUUGGGUAUAUUUUGUUAAGCUUUUUUGUAUUGGAAUUUAUUGUGUUCAUGAUUUUAUAUUUCACCCUAAUUGUUGAUGCUUUAAACAAUACGGCAGGGCACGACCAGAUCAGAAUCGUCGAUAGUGAUUCAGCAUGUGUAGAUUUACUGCACAUGAAUCGUUUGAGAAAAAAACAACAGAAUAUGUCAAUUUUGUUCUUUAUAAUAUACAUCAUUAUUUCACUUCUCUCAGCAAUACUGUACUUAUCUCAUCGGGUUGACUGGCACAGUCUGUGCAGAGUUGCGUCCCUUAGACGUGCUAGUUUCAAAUGAUCAUAGAUUUCGAAACCCGAUUUGCUUUGAUGAUUCCUUCUUUGUCAACACAAUGCGAACUUGAGGGUUUAAUCAAAUUGGCAAACCUCUAAGAUCUGCACAUCACUCUGGACUUUGACAUUGUGGUCAACGUAGUGUUCUAUAAUCACAGCUACUCAACAGCUGUGUGGGGUCUGUCUGUCUGUCUGUCUGUAUCGUAUAUCGAAACACAGAUCAUGUACAUAAAGAAUAUUUUGUUAUA